UUUUUUUUGUUAAGGGGGUUUGGAAACUAACGCUGCUUUCGAAUGAUGGAAAUGUUUUUGGAUCCCGUUUUCAAUAGAGGAUUAGACGAGUGGGAUCAAGGAAUGGAACGAUUAAAUCUGGAAAACUGAUGGUGCUGCCGAGAUCACCUAAAAGAACGUCAACGCCGCUCCGGAUCGACGAGAAGUGAUGGGAUGGAACAUAAAGCGGGGGGCGGACCUUGGCGGGGGACCAGAUUCUCCUGCUGCUUAAUAUUUACUACAGCCUGCUAACUGGACUCGCGUCAACAUACGUUCGUUGACCAUUAAAAAGCGGAGCCGUGAACGGCAAGGAAAACGUCUUUAUGCUUUUCGGUUCUUUGUAAAGGAUGACCGAUUCGACGGAUGCGGACGAACUGGCCAACGCAUCGGCGAGGGGUGAGCUGAGAGUGGUGCAAAUAUUACUGCGAAGUGGGGUAAACGUUAAUCAGAAGAACACGUACGGCAGGACCCCCCUGCAGGUGAUGAAACUCGGUUACCCAGCCAUUGCGGUGGAGCUGCUGAGGGCCAACGCCAAUCCCAAUGAACAGGACACAAGUUUGGGGGUUACCAUCGCCCAUGACGCUGCCCGUGAAGGCUUCCUGGAAACCCUGAUGGUUCUCACCGAGAACGGAGCCGACGUCAACCUGCAGGAUCACCAGGGGAACUUGCCGCUUCAUUUGGCAGCCAGAGAGGGCCACUUGGACAUUGUGAGACACUUGAUAGAUCUGACAAGUGACCCCCUCGUCAAAAACAAAGAGGGGCACACUGCGUCUGACCUUGCAGAGAUGCACGACAGGCACCUUGUGGCUGAGUGUCUUGGGAACCGACUGCAACGGUAGAGGCAAAGCUGUGCCAUUUUUACCAGUGUGCACUGCUGGCAGCAUCCUGUCCUCGUCCUCUUGUGGGUCACCUCAGACCACCCUGUUGGUUCCACUUUCUCUUUGUUUGUCAGCACCGCCUGCCCCCACUCCAAGAGCCACAAUGUGGGAAAUUUUCUGUAUUUUCGUCUUUUCACAAAGUCCACUUUGACUUUCUUUUUUAUGUGACAUGAAUGUCGGCGACUGUAGGUGGGAGCCAUGUUCCUAAUUUUAUAACAGCCCUCCCUCCAUGUCAUUGUGACACGUUACAUCGAGAGUGACGUGUGGGUCCAGUGUGGGGCUCGUUUAAAACAUUUAGUGCCACCGAAAGCCAGGCGCACUCAGAAGAGUCCUCCUUCUCCUCAUGGCCAAUGACGAAUGCUAACAGAGCGCCCCCUGCUGGUGGAGUGAUUCCAAUGUACAUUCAGUGUAAAUACAGAGAUUCCAGAAAUUAAUAUACUGUGCCUAAUAAAAAUAAAGGCAUCAAAUCAUGUAAAUAGGGAGACAUGCAAUAGA